AUUUACACUCUCUCACUCUGGCUCUUGGUGCCUCUGUCAAGACUGCUGCUCCAGACCUCAACAGCCCUUUCCAUUCAAACCAACUUUAAGGCACAUAUCUGAUUGUGAACCAGUAUUUUAUUCAGAGCUUGCUGUGCAUUUUUAGGAGCCUCUGAGUUUGUAAAAGUGUCAGUUGGAGGACAGAACAGUUACCAUGAUGAGAAUCAUACUGCUGCUGCUGGUCGCCCUGGCAGGGCCUUUCUUUACCUUCACCCGUGCAAGUACUCUGGUGGUGACAACAACUUCUGAUGUGACUGUAGUUGCAUCAGAACAGCCUCCUGCUGUCACAGAGAAAGCAACUGAAGCAGCACCUCAACAAGCAGUUUCAACAGCAGCUUCUAAUGUUGAAGAGGCAACGGAGGCAGCUGCCACAACAGCCAAUGCUGAUGAGCCAGUAGUUUCCACAGAAGCACCAGUAAUACAAACAGUAGCAUCAACAGAAGCAGAAGCAACAACAGAUGCAGCAGCAGCAAGAGAAGCAGCAACAGUAGCAGUAGCCACAGAGGCUGCCAACACUGAAGCCCCUUCACAGGUUGAAACACAGGAAGCAGUUACUGACACAGUAACAGAAAGUCAAGACAUACCAUUGGAUGAGAUGGAGGUGGAGGAGCAAGAAGUUAUGAGCACGGGACAGUUGGUGGGGAUUGUAAUCGGUGCAUUGAUUGCAGUGAUUUUUGUCAUUGCUGUAAUCAUCUUGGUGGUCAGGAGAAUGGGCCAGUACUCCCCCUAAGAAGAAAGCCGGCACGACAGGAAGAAAAGAAAAAUAAAUUCUGGAAGAUCUGAACUUUUGUUCUGAUGUUAAAAAACAAUGAUAGCAGCACUCUAACCAUCCAUGACUAUAAGGGGAGUGGGAGAGAGCUCCCAUUCACUUUCCAAUUGAAAAGGGUGCCCUGCCCAACCCACCCACAGCCUCCCCAUUUACCGCCAUCUACAGUGCCCACAACUCCCCUUAUUUCACUUAUUUAUUUAGCUUAUUUAGCAAUGGUGGGAAAUUAAAUGCAUAAUAAUGAACAGGAGAUGGCUCACUAACUCUGAGUUUGAGAAGGUACUAAAAAACAAAUACAAACACAUAGAGCUGCACAUGCUAGCAAAAGCUUGUUUAUUUUUUAUCUAAAUUCCAUUGAGUGUAAAUAUCAUACAAAGAAACUGCACAAUGUCUUUAUCUGUCACAAUAUUUAAGUAUGGAUCAGAUUUUAGAUUUAUCUCAAUUGUUUUUCCCUACAGAGGUGUCCUAUAGAAGUAUGAUGCGUUAUGUACAGUUUAUGAACUGUUAUAAGCAGAUGCUAAAGACACAUUCUAUUCAUGGUCUUGGAAUAGACUCCUUUCUCAAAUUGUCUAAUUUGCUAGUCUAGUAGCAGCCUUAAAGGGGUCAUGACAUACUAUUUUUUUUAUAAUUUGAUUAUCUUCCCCAAGGUCCACUUAUAAUGUAAAUAGUCAUAAUUUAGUCAUAUAUAAUAAUUUUCCACCCUGUCUCUGGCCCUCUGUCUGAAACGCUCGGUUUUAAGCUGCCUGGUCCUUUAAGACUUCAGUGUAAACACCCACUGUUUUGAUUGGCUAAAAUCUUGCAGCCCUUCCAAUACAGCCCUAUUUGAAACUCAAUCCGAAGAAAAUGAACAAACUCCACACAACAUUAUAAAAACUAAAUUUCAGGGUUAAUGUAAAAUUUCAUCUGAAUAUAUAAAACAGUUCACACAAGCAUAAACUAUGAAACAGUUGUGAAAUCUGAAACAUUUGUGAAAGGAAUUGGUUACUUACGGUUUUGUGGUCCAUUAGUCCUAUUUUAACUGUCCCAUCUUUCAUAGGCCAUCUGAAUACGCAAACGUAAUGCAAUCCAUGGUGAUGUUUGGUGCUUCAACCGGCUUCAACAAGCUAAAGCAGAGACGCUGGUCUUCACCAGAGCGACAUUUCUCAUUUUCCCGGUUAGUUUGCGCACAGAAUGGCAUGUGUUUCUCCCAGUCAGUAGCAGCAGAAUGAGAUGCGUUUUUAAAAGGUGCACUUGUACCACUCUUAAAACGCGGCGCACAUAGUCAAUGUUGUGUGGAAUCACAUCAAUACGAUCAAAGACAUACAUCUUGUGCAUGUUUACAAAAGACCACAAAAACAAAAAGCACAGAUGGGAGCAAAAACAGUCCAGGAAGCCUACAAAACAGAACAACAGCAAGACUUGACAUUGUGUCUUUUAAAAACGGCACGAGAUGCAUGAUAACGGUUAAAGCAUUUCUACAUUUUUAUGUAGAAAAACAUUUAAAUCCAGAUAGGUGUCCUGUGUAAGUCCACUUUGGUGUAGAUGUAUCUCGCAUGACUGGCCAAUCUCUCUCUUCUUCACCUGUGUGACUGACUGAGCACCAGUGGGUGGGGCCAAGGGUGCAAUGACGAAAAAUAGGUGUUGAUGUCUUGAUGAAGAGGCAGUCAUAUGCAGAUGUAUUUGGUCCUUGUGACGUCACAAGUUCCACAAAUUCCAAAUGAGUCAUUUUUGCAGCUUAGUUUAAAUAAACGCUCUUUUUCUAUUAAGGAGAACAUUUUCAGUUCUAAAACUACACAGAAUGUUUUUAUAGUAAAUUGACCUCUUAUAUGUCAAAAGAUCAAGGAAAAUUGUAUUCCUCAUGUCAUGACCCCUUUAACAAUGAUCCCUAAAACAUAUUAGUUAGGGUAUCAACACAGUAAGGGCACCCAUGUAGGUUUUUAAUUGACUCUUUUGAAGUGAAUUAAUACAUAACUUGACUGUGUUGUUCCUAACUGUCACCCAUUCCAAAAGUGGCAUCACUUCCUUAGGAACACAUCAUUCAGUGUUCCCAUCAGCUUAGCUCCAGCACAAAGCUGCUGUUGGCAUCUAUCACAAAAAUCUUGUUGUUUCUCACCCUUAAUUACAUUAUUUUAACAGCAUACAGACAUUCUGUAUCAAAAAGCUUCACACAUCUUGCAUGGUAUAGUUGUUUGUAUUUUGUUUGUGUCAGUGAAGGGGAUCCAAACGCUUUUCAGGCUGACGUUUAUUGUGUUUCUUACUGAUGUUUUGCUAUAAGAGGUCAGUAAUAAGUGCACUGAAUGAUAAAAAAAUAAAUGUUUAAUAUUGAGAAGGGGCUUUGGACACUGCAACUCUUUGCUACGAUAUUUUUCUUUUUUAAUUUCUGUUGUUUUUGCCAGAUUUCGCUUUAUAAUCCAUUACUCCAUGUUCUCACUUUCCGUUCGAUGUCAAAGUCCUCUUAAAACAGAGUGUUUGUCUGUGUUUGUGGGAUAUUUUUUGUGAUUAAUGUUCUUUCUGUUUCAAUAAAAAAAAAAGAA